ACGUCUUUUUUUCCUUUCCCGCCACUGGCCCGCGCCGCGUCCAUUGCCGCUGCAAGUCAUCUCGGCCCCGUUCCUCUGUUGUUGUUUCUUGAGCUCCGCGGUGCUUUAAAGUCUCAACCCUUCCUCUCGCGAAGAUGGAAGACGUGGAGAACCAGGAGCUGAGGGAAGCCAAGCGAGCCUACCUGGACUUUCUGGACGAUGAUGAAGACCAGGGGGUGUACUAUGGCAAAGUGCGCGACAUGGUUAACGACAACCAGUGUCGCCUCGUCGUCAACAUCAACGAUCUGCGGCGCAAGAAUGAGAAGAGGGCCAGUCUGCUGCUGAACAGCUCGUUCGAGGAGCUGCUGGCCUUCCAGCAGGCGCUCAAGGAGCUCGUGGGGCACGUGGACGGGACGUACGCCAAGCAGUUCGAAACGUUCUACGUGGGGCUCGAGGGCAGCUUCGGCGCCCGACACCUGUCGCCGCGCACCCUCACCUCGCGCUUCCUCGGCAACAUGGUGUGCGUGGAGGGCAUCGUCACCAAGUGCUCCUUGGUGCGUCCCAAGGUGGUGCGCAGUGUUCACUACUGCCCCGCCACCCAGAAAACCAUCGAGAGGAAGUACAGCGACCUCACCUCUCUCGAUGCCUUCCCCAGCAGCGCCGCCUACCCCACCAAGGACGAGGAGAGCAACCCGCUGGAGACGGAGUACGGCCUCUCCGUCUACCGCGACCACCAGACCAUCAGCCUGCAGGAGAUGCCCGAGAAGGCCCCCGCGGGACAGCUGCCCCGCUCGGCCGACGUGGUGCUGGACGACGACCUGGUGGACCGCUGCAAGCCCGGCGACCGCGUGCAGGUCAUCGGCACCUUCCGCUGCCUGCCCGGCAAGAAGGCCGGAUACACGUCGGGCACUUUCCGGACCAUUUUGAUCGGUAACAACGUGAAGCAGAUGAACAAGGAGGUGGUCCCUACCUUCUCCGGGGAAGAUGUCAACAAGAUCAAAACGUUCAGCAAGACUCACUCAAAGAACAUCUUUGACCAGCUGUCCAAGUCCCUCGCUCCGAGCAUCCACGGCCACGAGUACAUCAAGAAGGCCGUGCUCUGUCUGCUCCUGGGAGGCACGGAGAAGAUCCUGGACAACGGCUCUCGAAUCCGAGGGGACAUCAACGUGCUGCUCAUCGGCGACCCGUCGGUGGCCAAGUCCCAGAUGCUGCGCUACGUGCUGCACACGGCGCCGCGCGCCAUCCCCACCACGGGCCGCGGCUCCUCCGGCGUCGGCCUCACCGCCGCCGUCACCACCGACCAGGAGACCGGCGAGCGCCGCCUGGAGGCGGGCGCCAUGGUGCUGGCCGACCGCGGCGUCGUUUGCAUCGACGAGUUCGACAAGAUGACGGACAUGGACCGCACGGCGAUCCACGAGGUGAUGGAGCAAGGCCGCGUCACCAUCGCCAAGGCCGGCAUCCACGCUCGCCUCAACGCGCGCUGCAGCGUGCUCGCCGCGGCCAACCCCAUCUACGGGCGGUACGACCAGUACAAGACGCCCAUGGAGAACAUCGGGCUGCAGGACUCGCUGCUCUCUCGCUUUGACCUCCUCUUCAUCGUGCUCGACCAGACCGACCCCGAGUACGACCGCGAGAUCAGCGACCACGUGCUGCGCAUGCACCGCUACCGCGCGGUCGGGGAGCAGGACGGCGACGCGAUGCCGCUGGGGAGCACGGUGGACAUCCUGGCGACGGAGGACCCGGACGCGGUGGAGGAGGAGGAGCGGAGCAUGCAGGUCUACGAGAAGCACGACAACCUGCUGCACGGGCCCAGCCGCCGCAAGGAGAAGAUCGUGAGCAUGCAGUUCAUGCGCAAGUACAUCCACCUGGCCAAGAUCAUCAAGCCCGUGCUCACGCGAGAAUCGGCCGACUUCAUCGCCGAAGAGUACUCCAAGCUGCGCAGCCUCGACCAGAUGAGCGCCGACGUGGCCAGGACGAUGCCGGUGACGGCUCGCACGUUGGAGACGAUGAUCCGGCUGUCGACGGCGCACGCAAAGGCGCGCAUGAGCAAGACCAUCACCCUGCAGGACGCGGAGGCGGCCGUGGAGCUCAUCCAGUACGCCUACUUCAAGAAGGUGCUGGAGAAGCAGCGGAAGAAGAAGCGGCACGAGGAGGAGGAGAUUGACGACGAGGAAGGUGGCGACGCGAGCGAUGGCGAGGGGCUCAACGGGACGAGCCAGAAGCAGAGUGCCCGCAGGAAACGGAGGCACCCGGAUGGAACGAGUCGCGCGAGCAGGAAGGAACAAACGGGCGGAGAAGACCCCUACGACUUCAGCGACGGGGAGGAGGCGAUCCCAGAAAUCCCGCGGACGCCCAAGACGCCGCAGGCCGCGGGCGACGAGGAGGCGAUGGACACGAGCGAGGCACCGGCACCGGAACCGGCGAAGAAGCUCUCGCUGACGGACGACAGGCUCAAGGAGUUCAAGGCGGCUCUGCUGGACGUCUUCCGCAAGUCGCACUCGCAGUCCGUGGCCAUCCCCGCCAUCAUGGAGGCUCUGGGCAGCGGCGACACCGCCUUCUCGCUCGCCGAGGUGCGAGCGGCGGUCGCCCGCAUGGAGGACGACAACCAGGUCAUGCUGUCGGACGACAUCGUCUUCCUCAUCUGAGCGUUGAGGAGGAGCGCUCCUCGCCAUUCACAUCCCCAUCCCACCUUGCCCCGCCCCCUCCCCCCAUUGUCUCUUUUUCCACUGCGCAACCGAGCCAAGCCCCCUACGCGGCUCGCAAACGACUCGUGCUUUUGUUCCCUCCCCCCUGCGAAAGCCGUGCCGUGUGCCGACUUCGUCGUCACGCGAUGAACUUGUCGAGACUCCUCCAAUUGGCGCGGUUGGCGGUGUACGGCGGCAUAGAAGUUUCAACGUAACGCGCGUGCUCGCGUGCCCGGGCGACGCGCGGAUGCCUCGCCCUUCGCUCGCAGCGUGUGCCGACCCGACGGUCGUGCGGUCACCGCCACUUGUUGCUGGCCCUGCUUAAGGGGGUCCCCGUCCCCCCCCCCCCCCCCCCAGGUGUAUUGUGAGGCCACAGCAAAGCAGGCAGCAGCAUACCACGGGGUACGGUGAUACGGUGAGGGGUCUUGCGCUGGCUCGGCUCGUGCGAGUCGAAAAGAGGGGUUUGUGUGUGUGCGUCAAUUGGACUUCAGACGUUCGUGAAAGGGAUGGAGAGGUAUCGGGAUAGGAGGCGGUCGAUGGAGUGUUUGCGUGAAAUGUCAUCGCCAUAGUUGUUGAUGAUGUGCUCACCCGCUGCAGUUCGGGAGUGAAGGGGGUGGGAGAAGCUACUAAUAGUAAUACGAUAUGCAGUCUGUAUUACAGAUUAUGGGCGGGAGGGAAGUGUGAGAAUGAUGUCUUGUUUAUAUGCAGGUUAGUAUAAAGAAGGUGAGCCCCCCUAAAAAUAUAUAUAUAUAUAUGAGAGCACAGUCCGUGGCAGUGUGUCUACAUGAAUUAAAUUGUCUUGAUUGUGUUUUUUGUACCCACAAACGAAUAACGCGAGUGUGAAGCCGCGCUUGUUGGAUGUUUUUGGGCUCUUCGACACCCAAUUUCUGUACCAUUGCACGCUUCGUUUGCAUCUUUUUUUUGUUCGCUAUGCACCCCCCCCCCCCUCUCUACACGGCAGAUAUAACCAUGGGUCGUUCAGUUUAAAGAGGGGGUUUACCUUUCUCGCCAGUGUUGAAACACCCCCCCCCUCAACCAAAAUGUUCCCCAUCUCAUCAGAUCUUGGAAGCUAAGGCAGGGUUGAGCUGGGCUAGUGCCCGGAUGGGGGACCGCAACUGGGCACAAAACUAAGAAUAUAUACGACAAGUGCUUGAUGAUGCGGUAGCUUUUUUAAAUGUCAACCUGUCUGCCUGCAUGGUGUUAUAGCACGUAACUGGAAGCGGGGAUGGGGGGGAUUGUAGAGUCGAGGAUUACAUGAAUGGAUAAAGAAAGAUUGAACGGCGAAGGGAAGGGAUGCCGGGACCGAAGUUCCCCGAGUCGAACCAAGAGGGAGGGCAUGGCUCAAGGUGAGCAGUAGGAAGAGAGGAGUAAUGGGCAGGGAGGGGGAGAGGGGUUGGGAAGGAAUGACCGGGCCAAGUCGUCUGGGAUGAGAGGGUGAUGCUGAGAGGACAACGGGGGAGAGAGAAGGGGAGGAGUGAGCUGCACGGAGCGGCGUCUGUUUUCACAGGGGGCGGGGGAAAGGGAGGGACUCGGAGUGUGGGGGUGGCCACAGAAGUCACGUGAUUUUCCGGGAGGCUUGAACCGAUUCAGAUAUAAAUAGAUGUCACUGCCCUUAUGAAGUGUUGUAUUUUUCACCGUCGACUUUAUGCUUGUGAACAAAGUUCGUGAUGUGUUUUCUUGCAGUUUUGCUUUUCAUCGUGUUUUGUUUUUUUCUCCAAAUAAAGCUCACCGUGAU